AUGCGUUCACCGCUCUUCCAUGCACGAUCGAAUGGACAAGCCGAGCGUUUCGUCGAUUCAGAAGAGAUCCCUGCUAAACUAAAAACGCCGUGCACGUCAACUCCUGGACAGCUUUCACCAGCAGAACUGUUUCUUGGACGUCAAAUAAGGGCUACCUUGACAUCACUGAAGGAAACAACCAAAUACCAAAAAAUGGAAAGUCAAUUCAACCGUGAACACGGCGCUCGCGAGAUCGUACGAGACUGGAGAGCCAGUCUGAAUUUGCAACUACCGUUCUGGACUCAAGCUAUUUAUCUUGGUACACGUAACAGUCGUUUUAGACGAGUUCUGUACAACGUUCUGAAGGAAAAAGGUCAGGUGUGGAAAAAAAAAACGGAUAAAUCAAGCAAACAAUUGGAGUGUGGCGAAUCAUGCAAGCUAGAUCGAAAGAAAAUACCACUGACGGAUGAACAUGAACACUUCAUGGACAUUGCUAGAGCGAAGAUCGACUGCAAAGAUCGGAAGAAGCUCAGCUUCACGCUAAGCUUCUUUCGAACUCUGCAGUCGGAUUUUCCUAGACAAGGAAAUGCAAAAAGAAUCUCCCAUGAGAGCAACGACUACGUGGAGAACCGGCUAGAGAAAAGGUGA